AACCUCUUUUGGACCCAAACAAGUGAUUUGUCAGUAAAGAAAAGCUCAUCUUUAUUGACGGCAUCGUCAAAUUUUUUGUGUUUUGGUAAUAUUGUAUAUGUAUGGUAGAUGUUGGCUCUCGAGUGGAGCAAGUAGUCGAUAGAUAGAUAAAUUUUUAUGAAUUAACACAUUGGGAACACAAAUAAAUAUUAACGAAAAAAACAUAAUUAAAUUAACAGUAACGGUAGAGAGGGCGCUCAGGUGCGGCGUAGCCAAAAUAUAUGGAGUGGAAGCCGCAUUGAGACAGCAGCUGUCGACUGCGCAGUCGUGACGCAGUUGAUCGUGUGUACAGGUCGCACAGUCUCCGGCUGAACAGCAAUAGCAAGAGCAGCGGUUGCUGGCUUCGAAGCGCCGAGUUCGGUUCAGCUGCAUUUCAGCUUUGUUUUUCAUCUUUCGCUGUAGGAAACUUUCGGUUUUUAGUUUGUUUGUUUCAGUCACUUCGACGUGUUGUAUUGCAAUAUGAUUGUAAUUUGCAUAUUCAUUUCGUUGACAAUCGUUUCGGCGUUGAAUUAUGUUAAGACGCGUAGGAAACGUGCGCUCAUUACGAAUCUAAGUGGACCCUUGGCGCUGCCGCUAAUCGGUUCGGUGCAGAAGUUCUUGCUGCUUACGCCAAGAAAUUUUCUCGUCAAGUCACGCAAUUAUCUCAACAAGUUCGGCACCUUCUCGCGUUGCUGGGUCUUCGAUCGGCUCUUCAUCCUCACCGCCGACUACGAGUUUGUCACACAACUGCUACACAGCGCAGAUCAUUUGAAUACAGGCUACAACAAUCUGUUGCAACCGGUCUACGGUGUGGGAAUUUUGAGACGAGAUGCCGACGAAUGGCAAAAACGACGUCAGUUGAUCACGCAUGCGUUGCACCUACAGAGACUGAGUGAAUUUGCGAAGGUAUUUGCAGCACAAACACAAUUAUUGGUGGAGCGCCUACGCGAAGAAAGUGAUGGUAAAAGCAACUUCGAUAUACAACCAUAUGUGCAGAGAGUGGUGCUCGAUGUGCUCAUUGAAACUGCAGUGGGCGUGGAGAGCAAAGAGCAGUGUGCGCAAGCGCAGCCGGUGUAUGGAGAGUAUACGCAAACUGUGUUGGCGCUCAUCGAGCUUUUUAAGUCGCGUUUUCUUAGCUUACAUUCCGCGAAUGGCACAAUCUACAGCAUACUUUGUCCGCUGCUGAAGCGACGACAGCAGCGGCUAUUGAAGACGCUCAACCGCAUAAAUACCGAAUUGAUUUUAGAGCAACGUGCAGCCUCUAAAACAGCGCCAACGACUGAUAAGUCCAAUGUCGCGAUCUAUACGAUUCAAGUGCAUGAGUCACACAACGAAACUGUGCCGCUGCGGUUUGACACACUUUUGAAACAGCUGCUUGCUGCGGAAAUCACCGGCGAGCCGCUGAGUAAUGCGGAGAUCUGUGAAGAGCUGAAUACCUUCGUCUUUCAAGGUUGCCUACUAACACCGGCGGCGAUCUCAUUUGCGCUUGUCGCGAUCUCACGACAUCCGAGCGUACAACAAAAAGUACUCGAGGAAUUACGAAGCGUGUGGCCGAAGGGUACGCCGUGCAUCUGCACGCUGGAGAAUUUAAUGAAGCUGAAAUAUUUGGAGUGUGUUAUCCAGGAGACGAUGAGACUGUAUCCUCCGCAGCCGAUUAUAGCGCGCGAUCUCAAGCAAAAUUUCAGUUACACACAUUCAAAGGUCAAGGACGGCGUUUUACCCGCCGAAUCGGAAAUCUAUAUAAAUGUCUUUGAAAUGCUGCGUCAACCUGAAAGCUUCGUAGAUCCUGCAUGUUUUCGCCCGGAGCGCUUUAGUUGUGCCGAAAAUACAGACAUGCUUGCCUGGGGUCUCGGUCCACGGAACUGUGUGGCGCGAAAAUACACCAUGCUGCUGAUGAAAUCUGUGAUUGCGCAUUUAUUACUAGCCUAUGAAGUACUGCCUCUUGGCGCGGAGCUCUGUUUGGAAGUGAAAAUCAUUUUGUGUUCCUCGAGUGGUUGGCAAGUGGCGCUAAGGUCGCGCGAUGAUUAGUUUUAUAGGUUCUCAGUAUUUUUUUUUAAAGUAGGGGUACUUGGGGGUUUUAUAAUAUAUAAUAUAUGCAUUUAAUAAUAAAAUAUUUAUAAACACGUAC